AUGUCAUUGUCCGAAGAGCAUUCUAAACGCAAAACAAAAAAAGUACAAUAUAAUUGUCCAAAAUGUAAAGGGAAAUAUGUUGAUCGAAGAACACAACAAGAACAUAUCACCCUAGCCAAUAUAGAGAAAUCUACUAAAAUCACUAAACAAUCAUAUACAACUAAGCAUAAAUGUGAAGAAACACUGCUUCCUGAAUUCACACAACAUUAUAGUGCAGAAAGUGAUUCUGGAAAUGAUUAUUUGGAAAGCAAUGUUUCAGAAAAUGAUGAAGAUGACAAUGACCCACUUCCAGAAUUCUCAAAGGAAAGUGAAGAUUCUGGAGAUGAAUAUUCGAAUAACAAUGGUUCUGAAAAUGAUGAAAGUGAUGAACAAGAUAGUACUACUAGUGAAAAUGAUGAAGAUAGCUCUAAUAUAGGGACCGAUACAUUAA